AUGGCUGCCAUGGACUACGACUCGAAGAUCACGGCCUACCGCUUCGUCGGCUAUGCCGCGAUGACGUUCUCGGCAAUCGCCGUGCUCUCCGUCUGUAUCACCUUGCCCAUGGUCUACAACUACAUUCAUCACGUCCGUUCCAGCGUCCAUUAUGAGCUUCUGGAAUGUCGUGUGAAGGCGAACAAUCUUCUUAGGAGCGUUAAUGGCCUUCCUGACCUUCCGCGCAAUCGAACAGCUCGUCAGACGACCGAACAGCAACAAAAUGAUCCCAACUAUUGCAGCGGAUGCUGUAUCCCAGGAGCACAGGGACCUCCGGGCCCACCUGGUGCACCAGGUAAACCAGGAAAGUCCGGAGCUCCGGGAGCACCUGGAAACCCUGGACGUCCACCACAGGAGCCAUGUGAACCAAUAACUCCACCACCAUGCGAACCGUGCCCAGCCGGUCCACCUGGACCACCGGGACCACCUGGACCAAUGGGAAAUCCUGGACCAGUUGGACCUCCAGGCGAAAAAGGCCCCGACGGUGAGCAAGGACCACAAGGAAUGAAAGGAAUGCAAGGUCCUCCCGGUCAAGUGGGUAACCCAGGAGCAAUGGGUGAGCCCGGCGAGAAUGGCGCAAAUGGCGAACCACAGCCUGGAUCACGUGGUGAAACUGGACCCCCUGGAGCACCAGGACCAAUGGGGCCAAUGGGUCCACCUGGCAAAGACGGUUCAAAUGGUCCAGAUGGCGAGAGAGGUCCGGAUGGCAUACCGGGAAAUCCGGGAAAAGAUGGCGAAGAUGGACAACCUGGUCCACCUGGAAUGGAUGGAAGGCCAGGAGAAAGGGGUAUCUGUCCCAAAUAUUGUUCGGCCGACGGCGGUGUUUUCUUCGAAGAUGGAACUCGACGUUAA